UGUCCAAAAUGGCGGCGCCCAGGAGCGCUAUUGGCAUGCUGGUGCUCUUGAGGGGUUGUGUGAUCGGCCAUCGGCGACGCUUGUCUUCAUCAGUUGAUCCUAUCUACUUACGCAAGCAGUCAGGCAGUCAUCAGAGAAGAUUUCUGUCUUUCCAUAGACAAAGAAAUGCUGCUUAUAGCAUCGUCUGGCCGGCUAUAGUUUCCCCGGCACAUCCAGUUCCUAAGCACAUAAAGAAGCCAGACUAUGUGACGACAGGCAUUGUACCAGACUGGGGAGACUACAUAGAAAUUAAGAACGAAGAUCAGAUUCAAGGGCUUCGUCAGGCUUGUCAGCUGGCCCGGCACGUCCUGCUUCUAGCAGGGAAGAGUUUAAAGGUUGGCAUGACUACAGAAGAAAUAGAUUGCAUGGUUCAUCAUGAAAUCAUCAGGCAAAAUGCGUAUCCAUCACCUCUGGGCUAUGGAAGUUUUCCGAAAUCUGUUUGCACCUCGGUAAACAACGUGAUGUGUCAUGGGAUUCCGGACAGCCGCCCUCUCCAGGAUGGGGAUAUUAUCAACAUUGAUGUCACAGUGUAUUUCAACGGCUACCAUGGUGACACCUCCGAAACAAUUUUAGUGGGCCAUGUGGAUGAGUCUGGUCAAAAGUCAGUGGAGGUUGCCAGGAAAUGUCGAGACGAAGCAAUAGCAGCUUGUGAACCUGGGGCUCCUUUCUCUGUAAUUGGAAACACAAUCAGCUAUAUAUCUCGUCAGAAUAAUUUUGAAGUCUGCCCCAACUUUGUUGGGCAUGGAAUAGGAUCUUACUUCCACGGCCAUCCUGAAGUUUACCAUCAUGGAGCCGCUCCUCGUCCGCUCGUUCUCGGGGAGGCGCUCGGGGAAAACUGGGGAGCCCCCGGGGGGGGGGCGGAGGUGGGCCUCGGGGCGCUUGGCCGGGCCUGGCGGGCCUUCACGGCGUGUGUCCUCUCUUCUUUUGCUGUGGCAGAACCAAUAAUCAUGGAAGGCUCUUCUGCGUUUAAAACCCUGGAGGACCGAUGGACGGUGGUGUCCCUGGACAACAAAAGGUCGGCUCAGUUCGAACAUACCAUCGUGAUUACUUCAAGCGGGGCAGAAAUCCUGACCCGCCUAGCCGAGGAAACUUAAGAACCAGGGACGCGGCGUGGAGGAUUUGCUAAGGAUUCAGCCCGGAGGGAGGGACACCAGCUCGCUUCUGGUUCAGCCUGGAAGCAAGCGGAGAGGACGGGCGCGCCCGCGGCAGCAGGAGAGGCACCCUGAGCGACCGCCCUAAGCCUUGACUUAUUACUGCUGGACAUGCCCUUCCCGGAAUGAACGGCACGGGUGUGAACUCUCGUCGAAGCAAGUCGCCUUGCAGAAGAAUCUCUUGAGGAGGGAAGGGAGGGGUCGGGACAGAAGGGGAAAGAGCGCCCCACACCUUUCCCUUCCCGGAGACGAUUCUGCUAGGCGAGGCUACACCGGACUUAGAGGAAAUUGACACACUCAGAAAAAAAAGGGGGGUCCCUUUUCUUUAAGAGUUGGGAUGUUGAUAUGAAUUCUCCCGCCGCCCUGUUUUAUGUUUCCCUCUUUGUUUUUAAUUUGCUUCCUUCAGCUUAAUGCAAACCGUGUAACCCACUGAAAUAAUAAUAAUACCUCCUUGUCUUGAGUCCCUGCAAUCCCCGUGCUGUGGGUGUGUGGAAAACUAAACUCUGCGAUCCACGUCUUCCAGGUUUUCGCUUCUUUUGUGUAUGUGUGUGUUUGCAGCUUUUUACUUUUGGCAUCUCUAGAGGUGUACCGCCUAUCGCUAACAGAGGGAAAGAGAGGGAUGUGUGUGAAAAACCUUUCCGAAGGUCUUUUUUUAAAAAAACAACAAAUAAAACAGA